GCCACGAUGUUUGGGUCACUCUUCUCUUUGCUGCGCUAAGAGCUGGUCUCUUAUCGGAUGAUAACAAUUUGUUCUUGCCGUCAAAGGUGUGUGUUGCUCUAUUCUCACCGAAGCGCCUCGCUAAGGACACAAACUCCUCAAAAUCCCCGUGGCCCAAAAUACAAAGAAGCUGGGGGUGCGCCUGGUGGUAAUGGAAAAUGGAGGUCAGCAGAUAAGGGAGGGGGUGUCGCUGCUUCCCAGUAUAAAACCAGGGAGGCUGGGCAGCUUGGUUCGCUGCUGUGGUCUCUGAGAGGGUGUCCGAGGACCAGCAGACAACUCCGGCACCAUGAAGUGGCUCAUCCUGGCUCUCGUGUGCCUCCAGCUCUCGGAGGGGUUGGUGAGAAUCAAACUGAAGAAAGCCAAGUCUAUACGUGAGAAGAUGAGGGAGGCUGGAGUGCUGGAUGAAUACCUGAAGAAGAUCAAAUAUGAUCCAGCUAAGAAAUACCUCUUCAGUAAGGACUAUGUCGUGUAUGAGCCGAUGACCAGCCACCUGGAUUCCUCCUACUUCGGGGAGAUCAGCAUCGGGACCCCCCCCCAAAACUUCAUGGUGCUCUUCGACACCGGCUCCUCCAACCUGUGGGUGCCCUCCGUCUACUGCCAGUCGCAGGCGUGCACCAACCACGCGUUAUUCCAGCCCAGUGACUCCUCCACCUUCGUCAACAACGGCCAGUCCUUCACCCUUUCCUACGGCAGCGGCUCGCUCUCAGUGGUGCUGGGCUAUGACACAGUGACAGUCCAGAGCAUCGUGGUCACCAACCAGGAGUUUGGGCUCAGCGAGAGCGAGCCAACCCAGCCUUUCUACUACGCCGAUUUUGAUGGGAUCAUGGGAAUGGCCUACCCUUCGCUGGCAGUGGGAGGGACACCCACUGUGCUGCAGGGCAUGCUGCAGCAGAACCAGCUCACCGAGCCCAUCUUCAGCUUCUAUUUCUCUCGCCAACCCACCUACAACUAUGGGGGAGAACUGGUUCUCGGAGGAGUUGACACCAAGUUCUUCAAUGGGGACAUUAUGUGGGCACCGGUGUCCCAGGAGCUUUACUGGCAGGUCGCAAUUGAUGAGUUUGCUAUUGGGCAGUCAGCAACCGGCUGGUGCAGCGAGGGCUGCCAGGCUAUCGUGGACACGGGGACGUUCCUGCUGACGGUGCCCCAGAAUUACAUGGAGAUCUUCGUUGAGUCCCUGGGCGCCCAGCAGACCAGUGAGGGUUACGCAGUUGACUGCAAUGAGGUGCAGAACAUGCCCGCCAUCACCUUCGUCAUCAAUGGAGCUCAGCUCCCACUCUACCCCUCUGCCUAUGUCAUGAACAACAACGGGUACUGCACUCUUGGGAUUGAGGUCACCUACCUGCCUUCCCAGAACGGGCAGCCGCUCUGGAUCUUGGGUGACGUCUUCCUCAAGGAGUACUACACUGUCUUUGACAUGGCUAACAACCGCAUUGGCUUUGCCCAGUCAGCGUAGAGGAAAAAACCAGCAAAAUCCAGCCCCUCUCCAGGCCAAACGCACCUUAGGCAGCAUUGCUGGAGCGCUGCAGGGUUCCUGUAGCCUAAAGGAACAUAUGUUCCUUUAUGUGCCUGCAUGGCUCCCUGUCCUUCCAGGAUUUCUGUCUAAGUGUGCCCUCACGGUCUCCCGUUACAAAUAAAC